AGCCCUGCCCACACACCCCCUUUCGCGCCGCCAGCGGUGAUUAGCCCCGGUCGCCCGCGGUCGCCCCCGGUUGCCCCAGCCGCCCCACGUCCGCUGGUGCGUCCCGAGCGCCCCCGCGACAUCAUGUUGGGAGUGAUCAGGAACUCGCUGUUCGGGAACGUAGAGACGUGGCCUUGGCAGGUCCUGAGCAAAGGGGGCAAGGAAGAAGUGAACUAUGAGGAAAGGACCUGUGAAGGCGGGAAGUUUGCCACAGUGGAAGUGACAGAUAAGCCUGUGGAUGAGGCUCUACGGGAAGCAAUGCCCAAAGUCGUGAAGUAUGUGGGAGGCACCAAUGACAAGGGAAUUGGGAUGGGGAUGACAGUUCCGAUUUCCUUUGCCGUGUUCCCCGAGGAAGAUGGCGCCCUACAGAAGAAACUGAAAGUCUGGUUCCGGAUUCCAAACCAGUUUCAGAGCAACCCACCAGUUCCCAGUGAUGACAGCGUUAAGAUUGAAGAAAGGGAAAGCAUCACUGUCUAUUCCAUGUAAGGAGACCAUUCUUUAGGCAUCUAAGGGUAAC